CACACACUCAGUUAAAACUACUGGGAAAAAUCGCUUAUAGACAGUUUAAUAAACCAGUUGAGAGAAUAAAUAAAUCAGACAAAAAUUACGGCCUUCUUACAAAAAUUGGCUGUUAAUUGUUAGAUACAACAGCGAGCAGCCAAAUAGUAUUUCUCAGAAAUUGAAACAGUUGGUUAUAUUGAAAUUACACCAUACGCAGCCUGAGUGCGCGCAUUGUAUUUUUUUAUUUUUCUUUCAACUGUUUUCAAAAGCAGACAUCCUGAUCAGCACUCAAUUGCAAAGUCCAACUCAAGCCGCACGUACAAGAGAAACAACUUCACGUGAAUACGGCCCUUCACAAGUCAAAAUGCCCAAGAGCAAUCAUGUGUUUUACUACUGCCCCGGAGGAGAGGCGGAGCGAAUCGAGCAGAGUGGGAAGAUAUACUGUGUAGAGCUCGAGGAAGACGAAGACUACUACGACGCGUACGGCAUCUACUUGUCCAAUAUCUCUCCCUUUUCAAACAAACUACACGAUUCGUUGUUCGAUGAGUUUGGCGAGGAUCUUGAUGAAUAUAUUAAACUUCCCAAGGCGUGGGUGGAGGCACAAGCGAAUGGCGGCAAGUGGAACUACACUGUGUUGGAUGGAGGAAAUCAGCUGCAUCGGUUCUUACUGGACGGAAAGAAACAGUCGCUGGAUCUUGCAGAGGCAGACUAUGUUAUCAAAGGCUCUCGAGAAAAUCCAGAGGACGAAUACAAUAUAAACUUCACCAGCCAAGGGAGUUACUUCCACUACACAACUGAGGAAAAUUUAGAUCAGAUCAUUGAAUCGGGGUACAUCAAGUCAAACAGCAAACACAAGCAGUUUUCAGGAAUUCACGAGAAAGGCGUGUGCAUUACUGACGCUAACUAUGAUGCCCAUACAAACUAUAUCAAGCGACAAUGCUUUCGCUCUGGAGGAAACGAUAACAGACUGGUCGCCUACAUCGAGCUACCCAAGGCAUCAAUCCGCGAGUAUGCAGUAAUGAAUGGAAUCGAAGUUCUUCCAUAUAAGGACAAGCGAAGAUCUUUCGUGGUGACUACAGGAAAUCAGCCACUAUAUUUGGACAACGUACACGGAUGGGAGUAUGGCUAUCGCGACUUGUGAACUCGAUCGAAACCCAGGUGUCAUACCAAAACUUCAGCUAGCUCUGAUUCGAAACUUUUCUGCUCAAAUGACAAUUUUACUGCUGUUCUGUGAUUGUCAAAAUGUUAAACUUG